GGCAGGAACCCAGAGCCUGGGUCGAGGGGGAGCAAAGCAGAAGCAGGGAGAGGCAUAACUGGACACAAACACUAGCCCUGGACAAGACCAGGACUCAAGGUGUCGGCUACAACCUGGACUUGGACAUGGACUGGAACAUCCACAGAGCCUUGGACUGGAACACAGAACACAGAGCCAGGACCCUUCCUUGGGAACAGGACAUAGGGCCAGGACUUUAUACAGGGUCAGGACAUAGGGCCAGGACUCACACACAGACACUAAACACAGGGACACAAAGAGACAGUUCCAAGCUCAACAAUAGAUAGUUCCUUCUGUUGGCAUGGCAAGGCUCCGGUCUCACUCCAGCAGCUGAACUUGACAGCAAUACAGGCAAGGUAGCCAGCAGGGCUUCAGAGGGAAGGAAGGGACAGUCUAGCCUCAGAGUAAUGGCAAAGAUAGCCUGACUUACCCAACAGAGGCAAGGACAGGAAGGGACAGAUCCCACCAUAGGAUAACAGCAAGGACAGCCUGACUUACCCCCACAGAGGAAAGAACAAGACAAACCCACAACCACACUCGAACCCAGGGCCACUUAUAUUCCAGCCCCAAUAUGAGAAUCAGGUGCCUGUGAUUAAGCCCAACUGAAACAUCAGACAGCCAGAAGACCCGGGGUCUGGAGUCCACGGACCAGACCGUGAACCAGAAUGCAGACUUCACGGACCAGACCAUGACACAGGCACUGAGUACAAGAACAAUAGAAACAAGGGUCUAUCGCACCAGACAAGACCCAAAAUGCAGACUGUGCAAGGAAUCCAUUGGAACCAUCCAGCACAUAGCAGCAGGGUGCAUGAUACAGGCAGGGACAGCAUCCACUGAACGGCACAACCAAGUUGCAGGAAUAGUGUACAGGAACAUCUGCACUGAGUAUGGAUUGGACACUCCCGAGUUCAAAUGGGAAACAACUGAGAAUAUAAUGGGGAAUGACAGAGCUAAGAUACUGUGGAACUUCAAAUACAUAAUGAUACGUAGGUACUGGCCGACCAACCAGACACCAGACAUGGUGAUAUUGGACAAGGAAUAGAAGAAAGCAAUAGUAAUAGAUGUGGCAAUCCCGAAUGACAUCAAGAGGAAUAUGAGAAGCUAGAAAAAUACCAGGGCUUGAAAGAGCAGAUAGAAGGGAUGUGGAAAGUUAAAGCCAGAGUAAUCCCUGUGGUGCAAGGAGCACUUGGAGCUAUGACAUUCGGACUGGGAGAGAGGCUCCAACAAAUCCCGGGAACAACACCUGAGAUCUUGGGCCAGAAGAGAGCAUUACUAGGAACAGCAAGGACACUGCGCCAAGUACUCAAGCUCCCAGGCCUCUGCAAAAGGACCCAUGAAAAAAAAUAGUUAAAUGAAAUAAGUAGUUGCAAAAAAUAGAAAUAAAAAGUCGUGACGUAGUGUUCAUAGGUUCAAUGUCCAUUCAGAAAUUGGAUAGCAGAUGAAGUAGUUGAAUCGUUAAGUGUGUUUCUUCACUCUUCUGUAUCUCCUCCCUGAUGGUAGCAAUGAGAACCAGGCACGACCUGGGUGACCGGUGUCGUUAACGAUCGAGUCCUCUUGCUGGAUUCCCUAGAUGUUAACUUGCAGAUUGAGUCAGUGGUAAGGAAAGCAAAUGCAAUGUUACACUCAUUUUGAGAAGUCUAGAAUACAAGAGGGUUCUUAAAGCAUUGGUCAGCACUUGGAGUAGUGUGAGCAGUUUUGGUGUGCCGACAUUGGAGAUGAUCCAGAGGAGGUUCACGAGAAUGAUCCCAGGAAUGAAGGGGUUAACAUAUGAGGAGCUUUUAAUGUGGAAUUCAUUGACACAGACAGCUGAGCAGGCCAAGUCAUUGGGUACAAUUAACCUCGGGUACCUUGCCCCAUUGUCCUGUUUAUUAUUUAUUGUAAUGCCUGCACUGUUUUGUGCAUUUUAUGCAGUCCUGGGUAGGUCUGUAGUCUAGUGUAGUUGUUGUGUGUUUUUUUUUUCUCUGUGUUGUUUUUUACGUAGUUCAGUCUAAUUUUUGUAAUGUGUCAUGAAAAACAUUGUCUCAUUUUUACUAUGUACUGUACCAGCAGUUAUGGUUGAAGUGACAAUAAAAGUGACUUGACUUGACGACUUGCAUGUGCUCAAAUAAAACUGGUGACAGAGGAAUGAAUCCAGACUGAUUACUGUGGGUAUCAAAAGUGACUCAGCUCCUGUAAGAGAACCUUUGCAUCAAAAACAGUGUAGUGUAUGGUGAGCCGAUUUAGUGGCUAGCUGUGAGGGUGUCUAGGGCCAUGACUGACUUGGGGAAAUUUUGGACUGUGGAGUCUGGGCUUAUCCCAACACAAUGGAGAAAUCUCAAAGUGUAAGUGCUUUGCUUCACUUUAAGUGUGUUUAUUUGAUGCCGGUUUCCAAUUGUGCACAUGGGCCAUUCAGUGUCUGUGCUACAUGUAUGCUCAAAAAUCAUAGCAACAACACACAGCUGCACUGGGCACCACUGUCUGUGUUCAUGCAUCAGACAUGUUGAAGGCCUGAAAGAAGUGAAAGAACUGGAUGGGUUGCUCAUUAGGUCCCUGAUUGGAAUUUCUUAGCUCACAAGAAAGCUGUCCAACCUGACUGAAUUUUGAGGCCACGUGUCUCAUUGGUGACUCUGCUGUUUGGAAUUCAGUUCUUCAGCUGCAGUAACUGACCUCUCAGGAACCCAGCUAUGGGCAUCAAGCCUAGAAGAUAUGAACACACGAUCUCCUGAUUACCCUCUAAGUAAUGCCUUACAACAGCCGACUUGAACUUUCAGAUGGACAUGUGCAUAUGCAAAAUCCUUUACGGCUGGCUGCCCUGUUAUUGCCAACCUAGACUUGCAGCUCCUGAUGGCUUCGUUAGGAAUUGCGCCCAACAGGGCUGUGUACUCAGAAGAUUCCUGUCAGUGUCGGCUUCGUUUUUAUCAAUUAGUAUAAAUAUUUUGACAUGAAUAGUGUUGGCUCCCUUCCCAAGAGCUUUACCCUUAAAUGAUAUUAAGUGGUCUUGGCUGUAACUUGUCUUUCAUUAGGGUACAAAUGCAAUCGGCUUAAGACAGGAUUGAUCUUGGCCAUUAUGCCCCUUCACUGGAAUACCCUAACUGUGCUCAGAACAGGUUGACCAGAUUGGAAAUCCAAGACUGAUAACUUAGGUUUUGUUUCACAAAAUUAGAUGGUAUUGUGUUUCUUGGUGGUGUUCCCCUGCACAUUUAACAUAGUCUAGAAGGCCUUUAACUUCUUUGUGGCUGAAAAGAGUUGAUGCUUCGCUAUGGACACCACCCUUGGCUAAGGCACAGAGACACGUCAGUACCCGUGGAACUGUGGUAAGAUGGCCGUUAAUGCAUUGGACGAAGAGCAGAAAAGGAAAUCUUUAUAGAAGGAGUACGGCCACCUUGUAAAGGAUAUGGGCAUCCAUUCAACCACAGUUUUGCAUGAAUUGCUGACACUUUACAUCGGAGCUGGCUGUGUUCUAAUUUGCUGCUAUAUUUCUUACAUGACAACAGAAAUAUUUCACUGGUUGUAAAUUGCUUUAAGAUAUUUUGAAAUGGAAAUGAUGUGAAAACAAGCCCUUGUCAACAGAAAGAUAUUCAAAGAGAAAGACACUGCGAAUAAAAGAGCAAAGGAAGAGAUAAAGGCAGUUCAAGAGGUGAGCUGUUUCAAUUUUGGAGCUCUUUAUUUAAGUAGGUGAUGGAUACAGCCAGUGCUUCUGAAUCACAAAACACUGGUGUCAGUCUAGGACCAGAAAUUCUGGGCCAAAUAUUUGCUGCACAUGGGCAGUUGCUAAAAUGGGUAUCUGUUGCUUCUCUCUAGAUGGGAUAAUUUUCUCAGAUAAGUGAUAUUCACCGAGAAGAUAUUUGUCACUACUAUGCUCAGAAUGGAAAUUCAAGCCAAAUAAUUUCAGGUUUUGUUAAACAAAUUGAGAUAUCACAGAUUUUUUAUUUGGAGAUGUUUCCUUGUGUGAUGGAUAAUCAAAGUCUAGGGACAGGGUGCAUUUUUUUUUGCCAAGCGCAGAUUUCUAGCCUAGCAGCUGAAACUUCUAAAGAUCAAGGGUUGUUUUGAGUAAGAUAAACAUCCAACCAUUUACGUUGUCAUAAAUGGGUGCCAAUCUUCAGUUUUUAAUGUAAAAGUCAAGCAGUAAUCAGUUUGAAGUUAAAAGGACGGCUUUGCAAACAGACACACUGCCUAUAGAACACAGGAUACUGGCCACAGCACCUGGACUGACAUCUGAAGAGUGGCAGUGUAAGACAACGGGGUUAUUUAAUUGGGCUUGUUUCAAACCAGACAACAUGGCUUAGUUAUUAGGUUCAAGAAAGCUUGCAGACCAGAUGAAUACUAUCACUCAUCAUAUCAAAUAGCUGAUCUGUUAAUAGUUGUAUGCUGUUAGUAGUGAAAGGUUUUUAUGCUUAGAGAGGUAGCUUCACAUUAAUUGUGAGUACCUGGGAACUCUGUCCAGAAGCUGUGUAAAAAGGGUUUCUGAAAAAUAUCAUGUCUGCUUGAAGUCACCCAAGUGACAAAAAAACAGUAUAAAUGUAGGGAGCAGUUCAAGCUUAUUAGGAAUGAUUAAAGAAUAUCAAGAAGGAGGACAGAAAGACAGGUGACUAGAAUCCCCUUCUCUGCCUUCAAUUUCUGUGAUGGACGAUUCAUCUACCUGCAUCAUUUGUAUGUCUUUUUAGCUUACAGGAAUUGUAUCUGUGUUUCAGAAAUCCUUUGAGUUUUAGACAAUUUUAGUAAUUUGGUUUUCUUUUAUAAGAUAAAAAUCCUCUGUGAGGUUUAAAUGUGUUUUAUGAGUUUUGUCUGGAUUUGAACAUGAAUCAACAAAAAUAAAUGAACUGUGCUUAAACCACUUUGCUAGCUGGAAGUAUUUCCUCCUUGGUACAGAGGGGUGACCCACUGCUCAAAUCAUGGCUGUUGGUAGCUAAGCUUGCUGUAAAGGAUAAACAGGCAAGUGAGCUACUUUUUGAAGAGUAAUUGGUUACAGUGUAACCUCCCCUUUAACGAGGGUACCUGUAGCCAUCUAUAUCGGAUAGGGCUUAAGAUUUCCAUUUCAGAUUAGAAUUUCGUGGUUAGCAAACUGAAAUCACUCUUGCAGGUGGCCCAGGAGACCCGUGGAUGACAGGAGAAGGAUCUUGGCCGUGUUGUGGGAGUGAAGUCUGACAUGAAGGUGAUGCUCACCCAUGGGGAAGUGUGGAACACACUCUGCUCACCCACAGAUCUCAGCUUGGGUUCUCUGUGGUGACUCGCUAAAUGUUAUCUCCGGAUAUAGUUACAGGGAAAAGCUUUCCAGUCUGUCACUGAAGAAGUCUGGCAUUUUCAAUCAGGGUGAGUUCCUUUCUCGUGCCAGUUCUUUACUGCACACAUGACCCAAGGCAAAAAAAGUCGACCUUUCAAAGUGGCAUGAUGUUAGCAUAUUCUGUAGUCUUUUAGUGAUGUCACCCCGGAACAGUUACACCUUCUAACAUUUGUAACUGUUUUUGGUUUAACAAAGGUGGGUUAGUUAGCAUUUACCUACUGGGUGAUACCUAGUGAGGUGCUACGAAAGAUCCUGAAUUAACUUCAAUUUGACAGCGUCAUAUAUCUUCCCUGCUUGUGGGAGACAUGUCUGUCAAAACAGUAUGCAUGUUCCAACCUCUGAUUGACUUCAAUCUUGACUGCAUAGUUCCAACAGCUGUUCAAUGUUGGCUUACCGACUGGGACUUUAAAUAGAUUCUCCAGUCUGAUACUUCCACUGUGCUUCACUACGCCUGCAACUGCGGAAGAGAAAGGAAUAUUGCCACAAUGUCGGACCAGUCGCCUUUUGACGUUGAUGUGGAAACAAUGACUCGAUUUGUAAUGGAACAGGGAAGGAAAGCAAAAGGGACGGGAGAGUUCACUCAGCUUCUGAAUUCUCUGCUAACUGCAAUCAAGGCCAUCUCUUGUGCUGUGAGGAAGGCUGGUCUUGCCCAUAUGUAUGGAAUCGCAGGGACUGUGAAUGUGACGGGAGAUGAAGUCAAGAAGCUGGAUGUCUUGUCUAAUGACCUAGUCAUUAAUAUGCUAAAAUCAUCAUACAGUACAUGCAUACUAGUGUCAGAGGAGAAUAAGGAUGCGGUAAUUGUGGAUCCAGAGAAGAGGGGGAAAUAUCUGGUGUGCUUUGACCCACUGGAUGGCUCUUCGAACAUUGACUGCCUUUCACCUAUUGGGACCAUUUUUGGUAUUUACAGGAAGGAUGCUUUAGAGUCACCUACUGAGCGUGAUGCUCUGGAGCCGGGGCGGAACAUGGUGGCUGCUGGAUAUGCUCUCUAUGGCAGUGCUACCCUGGUAGCGCUCUCCACAGGACAUGGUGUCAACUUCUUCAUGUUAGACCCAUCUAUAGGUGAAUUUAUUCUUGUGGAACAGAAUGUGAAAAUAAAGAAGAAAGGGGCUAUAUACAGUCUGAAUGAGGGCUAUGCCAAGUACUUUGAUCCUGCACUCACGGAAUACAUCCAGAAGAAAAAAUUUCCUGAGGAUGGCUCUGCUCCAUACGCUGCAAGGUAUGUUGGAUCUAUGGUGGCAGACGUCCAUCGUACCUUGAAGUAUGGGGGAAUCUUCAUGUAUCCUGCCAAUAAGAAAACUCCAAAAGGAAAGCUUCGCCUUCUGUAUGAGUGCAACCCAAUGGCCUUUAUCAUGGAACAAGCUGGCGGUAUAGCUACUACAGGAACCCAGCCAGUACUUGAUGUGAAGCCAGAAUCUAUUCAUCAGCGAGUUCCACUCAUUAUGGGAUCACCUGAUGAUGUUGAGGAAUUUCUCUCCUUUGUAAAGAAACACCAAACUACUGCAUGAACUGUCAAAUCCUAUCAGUUACGCAUCUUGUAAAUCUAACGAAAAGAGCUGGAUGCUGCUUAAUUAAAGGGAGUUGUAUUUAAUACAAGAGCAUAAAAUAUCGGCAUAAGAAAAUUAAUUGUUUAAAGAAGAAGAGUGCUUAUUACAAUAUAUUGAUUUCCUUUUAUCA